AUGGCUUCAGGCAACAAAGGACUGUUCUCCCUCCUUAUUUUAUUACUUGCAUUUGCAUGUGCUACCUCUUCUAGGAUCCUAGAUGAAGUAGUUGCCCCUGUUCUUCCUCCUGAAGACACUGGUGCAGAGCCUGUUGGUACUGCUCCUGGAUCGGUCGGUAGUACAUCACCAGCAGGCACUGCUGCUCCGGGAGGAGCAGCAGGUGCCUCUGUGGGCGCGGGUGCUUUAGGUGGAGCAGCAGGUGCCUCAGUGGGUGCGGGUGCUGCAGGUGGAGCAGCGGUGGGUGCAGGUGCUGCGGGUGGAGCAGCGGUGAGCACGGGUGCUUCGGGUGGAGCAGCAGGUGCCUCGGCAGGCGGUGCUGCUGACACACUCACUUUUUUCAUGCAUGACAUUCUUGGCGGGUCAAAUCCUUCAGCUAUAGCUGUUACAGGGCUGGUAACCAACCCUGCAGUGGGUGGCCAAGUCCCCUUUGCAAAGCCUAAUGGUGCAGUUCUUCCAGUAAACAAUGGUGUCCCAGUAAACAAUGCCAACAGUGGAGUCAUCAACAACAACAACAUCCCCUUCCUUACAGGACUCAGUGGUAUGACUCCCAAUUUGGUUCAGCAGAAUGGAAACUCAAUCAUCGGUGGAGGGUUCGGCUUUCCAGCUCUAAAUGUUGGACAAUUCCCUAGUGGAAUCACUUUUCAGAAACUUAUGUUCGGUACAAUGACCGUGUUCGACGAUGAACUGACAGAAGGGCAGCAACAUGGUUCUGGCUUGGUUGGCAAGGCACAAGGGUUCUACAUAGUAAGUUCAGAGGAUGGUACCAGCCAGACCAUGGCUUUCACCGUGAUGUUUGCAAGCGGGAGCUAUGCCGACAGCUUAAGCUUUUUCGGCGUCCAUAGAACUGCAGUCUCAGAAUCCCAUCUUGCCAUCAUGGGUGGAACUGGAAAGUAUGUUAAUGCCAAGGGUUUUGCAACCAUUAAGACCUUCCCUGCAGCUACUAACCAAGUGCCUGUUACUGAUGGCGUCGAGACAGUGUUGGAAUUUACUGUGUAUCUUGCGUAUUAA